UCCUACUACUGCUUUAUUAAAGCCACUUUUGUUUGCAGCAACCAUGAAAUUCCUGCUGAUCGUCGCUUCCGUCGUCGCCGUGGCCGUCGCUGGCCCGACCCGCGCCAUUGUCACCCCUGGCAGUGGCUCCACGCCCAUCGUGGAUGCUGAAUCCCCCAUAUCUGUUGGACCUGCUCUGAUUGAGAGCCCCAUCUCUGUCGGACCUGCCCUAAUUGAGAGCCCCAUCUCUGUUGGACCCGCCUUCGUUGAGCACCCCAUCGUUGUUGAGAGCCCCGUUGUCGUCGACACCCCCAUCGUUGCUGAGAGCCCCGUCUUCGCCGAGCUCCCCAUCGUUGUUGAGAGCCCCGUCGUCGUCGUCGACACCCCCAUCGUUGCUGAGAGCCCCGUCUUGGCCGAGCUCCCCAUCGUUGUUGAGAGCCCCGUUGUCGUCGACACCCCCAUCGUUGCUGAGAGCCCCGUCUUCGCCGAGCUCCCCAUUGUUGUCGACGCUCCCAUCGUUGACGCCAGCCCCGCUGCUGUUGCUCCCGUCGAGGCUGAGUCCGUCUCCUCUGCCGCCGCUCCCCUGGUUCAGAUCAUCCUGAACAUCAACCAGGUUGCCGCUGCCGUCGUGCCCGAGACCCCCGCUCUCGUGCCCUCUCCCAUCGUCGUCGAGGAGUCUCCCAUCGUUGCCGAGCUCCCCGUCGUGGUCGACACCCCUGUCCUGGCCCCUACACCCGUCCAGGUCGUCGAUACCCCCGUCGUGGCCCCUACACCCGUCCAGGUCGUCGACACCCCCAUCGAGGCCCCCAUCGUCGUGCCCGCCCCCAUCGUGAUCGAGCCCACACCCAUCGAGCUCCCCACCCCGGUGCUGCCCGCUCCCGUCGAGGUCGCCCCCGUGAUCACUCUCCCCGACAUCCUGAACUAAGUACAGCAGAGUUGUUGUUUAGGUAAAGAAGUGUUAGAUCCUUUUACCUUGCCGCAGUGGCUAUAAACUGUGCCGAGUGAUACUAAUGUAAAUAAACACUUUAUUUUGUA